AUGGAGAAACUCGUUCUCGCCCUCAUCAACGCAGCUCGGAAGCUUCGACCUUACUUCCAGUCACAUCAGGUGGUGGUUCUCACCAAUUACCCUCUGAAGCAAAUACUAAGAAGUCCCGAAACAUCCGGACGAUUAGCAAAAUGGGCAAUAGAGCUAAGUGAAUAUGGAGUGGAAUUUAAACCCCGCCCAGCUAUCAAAGCGCAAGUAUUGGCAGAUUUUCUAGUCGAAAUGACUUCCAUACAAGAAAGCACUUCGAUACCUACUUGGUCUGUCAUCGUCGACGGAUCUUCCACUACCACAGGAGGGGGAGCGGGUAUCGUACUAACGAAUCCUGAUGGAGAUGAGUUUGAAUACGCUCAACGAUUCGAAUUCACAGCCUCAAACAACGUUGCUGAAUACGAAGCAUUGAUAGCGGGAAUCCGCCUCGCCGUAGCAGCCGGAGCGCGCAAGCUCCUAAUCCAAAGCGACUCUCAGCUCGUCGUUAACCAAGUACUCGGAGUGUACGAGGCCAAAGAAGACACCAUGGCCAAAUACUUAGCUCUCGCGCACACUCUCUUAUCUAAAUUCGAGAGCUACGAGAUAAGACAAGUACCUCGCUCCAAUAACGUCCAUGCUGACAAAUUAGCUAGGCUUGGAAGCUCCAUGGCUAGCAUCGGAAGUCGGAAGGUGACGCUCCUCACCUCACCUCAGCCAGAGAUAACUUCACCCACUGAAGUACAGUACACCGAGGAGGAUGAACCAUGCUGGUUCACUCCAAUCCUGAAGUAUCUCAAGAAGGGAGAACUUCCAGCGGAUUCCACCGAAGCACGAAAGUUAAAAACGAGAGCCGCUCGCUUCGUCAUAGUGGGAGAAGAGUUAUGCAAAUGCGGGUUCUCAUUCCCUUACCUCAAGUGCCUCGACCCGACCACAACGGAUUAUGUACUUAGAGAAGUACACGAAGGCAUCUGCGGAAAUCAUUUAAGCGGGAGAACUUUAGCUCUCAAACUACUGAGGCAAGGCUACUAUUGGCCAACGAUGCAUGAAGACGCGAAGAAGUUAGUCCGGAAGUAUAAUGGAACACAAUUUUGCGGUGACAAAGUGAAGAAUUGGUGCCUUGGCUUAGACAUCAAACAGUUCUUCACAUCCGUAGCCAAUCCACAGGCUAAUGGCCAGACGGAGGUCACGAAUCGCACUAUACUCCAACACCUUAAGACAAGGCUUGGAAGUGCCAAAGGGAAGUGGGUGGACGAAUUGCCUAACGCACUAUGGGCUUAUCGCACAACCCCACGAGCGGCAACCGUAGAGUCGCCUUUCAAUCUAGCUUUCGGAACAGAAGCUAUAGCACCCGUUGAAAUAGGUGAACCAUCUUGGAGAAUCACCAACUACGAUCCAGCAGCUAAUGAAGAAGCUAUGAGAGGAAGCCUAGACCUUGUAGAUGAGCUACGAGAGAUCGCAUACAUCCGGAAACAGAUGUACAAUUCACGCAUGGCCAAGGCAUAUAACUCAAAGGUCCGUCCCCGCUCCUUUCAAGUUGGGGAUUUAGUCCUCCGGAAAGCUGAAGCCUCUCACCCCAUCGGGAAGCUCGACCCAAAGUGGGAAGGACCAUAUAAAAUCACAAAAGUGGUCAACACUGGAGCAUAUCGCCUAGAGAACAUUGAUGGACACCCUAUACCCAGAACAUGGAAUAUAGGGAACCUCAAACGGUUCUACGCCUAA